GAAAGUUUUACAAGGAGUAUAAUGUCACCAACAAAAGUUGAUGAAAAUAUAACAGUGAAGGAUCCAAGGGAUUUAGAAUCCAGGUUUGUAGAUAUCAAGAAAAGGUUAAUAAAACCUGAAAAUAUUGACAAGGUAACUGCUAGCUGGAAAAGAUUAUUAGCUGCAAUUGAAAUUGAAGCCGAUACAAUAGCCAAAGCAGGUCCUUCAUAUGUUCCUACAACCACAUUUGAAGAGAUCGUAGCCAAUAAUUUCAAUUUACCAUCUGAAAUUGCUCUUAAAUUUAAGGAAAGAGGUGUAAUUAUGAUCAAGAAUGUUGUUGAUAGACAUCAAAUUGAUCUUUGGUAUGAAGAAUUAGUUUCAUUUUGUAAGGAACAUCCAGAAACGGCUGGUUAUACAUUCCCUAAUCCCACUUCAUGGUAUAAUGUGUUCUGGACAAAACCCCAAACUGAAGCAAGAUGCCACCCUAAUGUUCAGAAGUUGCUUAGUGCCAUGUCAAAACAAUUCUACGUUAAGGAUGAUACAUUACCCAUUGACUUGGAAAGUCAAGUAGUAUACGGCGACAGAAUAAGAAUUCGGGAACCAGGAAAGGCUGCCACGUUACCAUUGCACUUAGAUUCAAGUUCAAUUGAGAGAUGGGAAGAUGAAAAUUAUAGUAAGGUCUAUCAAGAGAUAUUUGAAGGUAAUUGGGAAGACUGGGAUCCUUAUAAAUUAGAUAUAAGAGCCAAUGCCAUUGAAAAUCUAUAUGAACAUAUAGAAACAGGGAAAUCAACGAUUUGUUCAGCUUUCCGAACAUUACAAGGAUGGUUAGCCUUGAGUGAUAAUAAAUCAGGCGAGGGGACAUUAAGAGUUCUUCCAAAUGUUAAAUUAUCAAUGGCAUAUAUAAUGUUGAGACCAUUCUUUUGGCAAGAUAUAUCCAAUGAUGAAGAUUGGCAGAUUGAUUUAGAUACUCCAAAAUUCCCAGGAGCAGAUCCUGGUACCGGUCAACUCUUCUUACCAGAUGAGUUCUUUUCUCAUUUAAGGCAAGAGAAGGAAGUCAUUAGUAUUCCUGAUGUUAGUAAAGGAUCAUUUGUAUUUUGGCAUGCAGAUAUUCCACAUGAAGUUGAUAGGCAACAUAAUGGAGAUGGUCAUUCAAGUGUAUUCUAUUAUGCAUUAACUCCAUUGUCUUUGAUAAAUAUUAAUGUAUUACUAAAUACUAGACAUGCGUUCCUACAUAACAAAUCACCUAAAGACUACAGUUCUCAAUUGAGCGAAGAAGAAAGGGCUCGUGAAUACCAUGGAGCCGAUGUGAAUAAUGUCAAUAAUGAAUCUGGAUUGAUAUCUAUGGGAUUGAAACUGUUCGAUACCAAAGAUCCAAAUUUAAGCAGUGGUCAAGUUAAAAUCAGACAGCUUGCUAAUCAAGCACUUUCCGAUAAUAAAUUUGAUGCUCAUCACUAUAUAAAUGAAUAUGUCAAGUUCUAAUAAUCUAUUUUAUUAAGCGUUAAAACAUAAAAAAAAUUUCAAUAUUAUCAUUAGCAAAAGCACAUCUUUGAUCCUAUUAAGAAAUGCUAAACAAGUCCUAUAUAAUAAAUAAAAUACGAAAACAAUCGAUGUCAGAAUAAUAAAACUUAAUGAAACAGUAGAAUC